AGCGGUGAACCGGAUGUAGAAUCGUUGUCAUCGUUUUCUCGCCGACAACGUGUCCGCAUGUGUUCAGUGGAAUCGUAAUAAUCAGGUUUAAUUUCGUCAUGACGUCGUUGGCUCUUCAGCUGAAGAAGCUCGCUCUGCCUCAGAACGACCCAAAUCUUCUGACUCGUAAGGAUGUCGCCUCGCUGCUCUUUGACCCGAAAGAUGCUGCGACCAUGGACAGGAGCACCUUCUACGCCCUCGGCUGUACUGGGCUGGAGGAGCUGCUGGGAAUCGAACCGGCCUUCCUGGAGUUCCAGGACACUCUGUUUAGCCCCGCCUCUUUGACCCUGGAGCGCAGCGUCCAGUCCAAAGAGGUCAACAGGAAGCUGGACGAUGGCAUCUCACUCUUCCUCACACGUCUCUGUCCGUACUUCCUCCUCAAACCGGCUCACAAAUGCAUCGAGUGGCUGGUUCACCGGUUCCACAUCCAGCUGUACAACGCCGAUAGCCUGAUGGCGUGCGUUCUGCCGUAUCAUGACACCAACAUGUUCGUCAGAGUCCUGCAGCUGCUGAAGAUCAAAGACACCUCCAACCGCUGGAACUGGCUGCAGGGUCUGCAGAAACCGGGCGUGCCACUGUCCAGGUUAACUUUGAUCACUCACUGCUACUCAGACCUGAGCUUCAUGGACUUCAUCUGCACCAUGGUGACCCGGUCCAUCCAGGCAUACUCUGGACUCUCAGACACAUUCUCUCAGCUCAGAGUCAUCUUCUCCUUCUACGCCUCCACCAUCGUCCCUGCUCUGGACGCCGUGGACAAAAUUUCUGACUCCAUCAUCGCCAAGCUGCUGCCUUACAUCCAGAUGGGUCUGAAGUCGCACCUGUCGGACUUCAAAGCCGCCUCCUACAUGAUCGUGUGCCAGCUGUCCGUGAAGGUGGUGAUGGAGGCGAGUCUGGUGGACAGCCUCGCCGUGCUCGUCAGCAAGUCUCUGCACAAAGAACCGGUUCUGGCCCAGGAGGGUCUGGGCUGCCUGACAGUACUGCUGCAGAACCAGGAGGGCCGCGCUGGGCCCAGGGCGGUGGGCCGGCUGUGCUCCGUGCCGGCGCUGGUCCCCACGCUGCAGGUCCUGGCAGCGACCCACGACGUCGGUCCUAUGCUGCGGUACCUGCUGCCCCACCUGGUCCAGAACCUGUUCGACAGCAUCUCAGGUGAGACGAACAGACUCGUUGCGUUGGAGUCCAUCCUGAAAUCUGUCCCGCUGACCAAAGACUUGGACCGGACUCUAGCCCGGUUGCUGCUGGAUCAGUAUCUGAGUCAGACCCAACGUUCUUCUGAGGACUUGGUGACCCUGGACCAGAGUCUGCUGCCUGUGGUCCGGUUGUUUGAGUCCAGGUACUGUGGAGCUCUGGACGAUGUCCUCUCUGGACAUGUGACCGACCCGCAGCAGAAACGUCUCUUCCACCGGUUCCUGUCCUUGUCCACGAGUAGCGGGAAACAUCAGAUUUUAGGCGACUCGGAUACGUCUCUGCUCCUGAGUCUGAAACAUCCACGGGCGUCGGUCCGAGCGUCGGCUGUGGAGCACCUGGUGGAACUGGUCUCCUCCGGACAGCGACAGAGUUUGGAUGAGACGUUCCUGAAGGACUCGGUCCUGGAGCGUCUGAAGGACGAUGAUCCUGAAGUGGUCGCGGUGACGCUCCGAGUUCUGCAGAUGCUGCUGGACAUGUUGGACCCGGAGGAGGUGGUGUUGUGUUUACUGUCUCUGCUGGACAGAGCUGAAACGUCCACGGCGGGGUCGUGGUUGCCCGUGCAGGUGGAGGCGGUGCGUUUACUGUCCGAUCCCCGGCUGGGAAAAGGCGACGCUGAGUUCGUGCAGAGGACGAGCUGGAAGCUGCUUCCCUUCCUGGUGAUCGGCUCAGCUGAGCCGGGUCUCGCCGGCUGCGUGGCCCGGUGCUCCAUCCUUGCCCAGAACCCCCUCACCCACAACUGGGCCCAGGAGCUGGAUGAGGUAAUGAAGAGGAGGUCCAAAUCCGGGUUUGUUGGUUCUGCCAACCAGUGUCUGGUCUCCACGCUGAGCAGGAACCUGGGCCACAUGGACCUGUUCUCCAGACAGGACGCCCUGGAGAAACUGGUUCUGUUGGUGGAGCAGCAGUGGGGGUCCGGGCUCAGGAGGAGGGCCUCCUUCCUGGUUCUGACCCAGACUCUGCUUCUCGGUCUGAGGGAGCUGAGCGGGACCCAGCACCUGCUGACGGCUCAGAGGGUCUACACGGUCCUGGAGCCUAAACUGCUGGAGGUCAGCAGGACUGACGGCGCUCAGGAAGCUGGGCCUGUCUCUGUCUCCGCCUCUUUCUCUGAGGCCCUGACGGUCUACCUGAGCAGGUGUGAGCAGCAGCCAGGUGAGCGUUUGGACCAGGAGUUCAGCUCGGUUCUGAUGGUCCUGCUCAGGGACUUCGUCUCGUCCCUCAGGUGUCCCGAUGACUCGUUCAAAGUCCAUCCUUUCGGCCCUGCUUCCUGUUCUGGACUGGCUCCUGGAUCAGACGGGUCCGGACUCGCAGUCCCUGCUGCAGGACGAGAACCAGCUGCUGUGCCUGGUUCUGGAGAAGUUUAACGACGAGUCGGCGCCGCUGCUGGGCCGGGACCAGAACUGUUUGGACCUGUUUGUCCGGGCUCUGAAGCUGCCCACGUCUCAGGUCUUCGCUCUGAAUCAGAUCACCAAGACGUUCUUCUCGGACCUCGGAGACGAGAAGGUGCAGCAGAAGGUUCUGUCGGUGCUGCUGGACCUGCUGGUGGAGAGCAGGAAUCCUCUGGUGGCCAACACCGUCGGCAGCGUCUUCAAAAGGAUCGCCGUCGAUGCUCAGCUGGUGGCCAACGAGCUCGCUCCUCCGGAGAAGCCGAACGUCAGUGUGACGGUGCAACAAACCCGCCGGAGCAAGAUGUCCCUGAGGAAAGCUCCGGACAGUGACGGUGGGGGUCCAGAGGGGGGCGCUGUGCCGUGGCAGAGGGUCACUCUGACUCUGGAGCUGCUGCAGCACAAGAAGAAGCUGAAGCGGGCCCAGGUGUUGGUCCCGGUUCUGUUCUCUCUGCUCUCCAGGUGUUUGGACCCAGGUGCAGGUGACCAAACCAACAUGGAGUACACCAAGCAGCUGCUGCUCAGCUGUUUGCUCGGCAUCUGUAACAAACUGUCUCCUGAUGGGGGUCCGGUGGCUGCAGAUGUCCUGGAUGAGGAGAAGUUCAGCGUGGAGCUCGUGGUUCAGUGCAUCAGAACCUCCGACGUGCCGCAGACCCACCACCACGCUCUGCUGCUGCUGGGCACCGUCGCCUCCAUUUUCCCUGAGAAGGUCCUCCACAACAUCAUGGCCAUCUUCACCUUCAUGGGCGCCAACAUCCUGCGCCUGGACGACGCCUACAGCUUCAGGGUGAUCGAGAAGACUCUGCAGAUGGUCAUACCUGCGCUCAUCCAGGCUCACCGCCUCCCCAACGACUUCUCCUCUGACAUGGUGGUGGUGGUGACGAAGAUCUUGCACGUGUUCGCCGACUCGCUGCCCCACGUGCCCGAGCACCGGCGGCUGCCCGUCCUGAGUCAGCUGAUGACCACCCUGGGCCCCGCCCACUUCCUGUGGGUCCUGAUGCUGCUGCUGUUGAAGCUGCACGCCACGCAGAGCGCCGGCAGCGAGAAGGAUGCAGCUCUGGAGCAGGACAUGGACUUCUGGGUGACGCUCUGCUGUCAGUUCGAGGUGGGCGACCAGCUCACCUCCCUCAUCAACAUCCUCCACUUCCUGCUGCAGCUGCAGGUGGACGGAGACGGAGCGAAGCGUCCCGUCGUCCGGCGAGCGGCGAAGAAGGAGGAGAAGGUGGAGGAGCUGAUCUUCAGCGUGGAGGCUCACAGCAGCAAAGAACUGCGACACUUUAAGUUCCUCUGCGUCUCCUUCAUGGCCCAGCUGCUCGGCUCCAGCAGCUUCAUCCAGAAGGUGGCAGACGGAGGCGACACCAUCAGUUCGUCUCUGCAGCAGAGGCUGCUGGAGGACAUCCUGCGGUACAUCCAAAGCGUGGCUCGCUGCGUAGAGGAGAAUGCUGACAAACCCACAGCCAAGUUCUGGAGAGUUCUGCUCAAUAAGAGCUAUGAGGUUCUGGACAAGGUGAACGUCUUGCUGCCCACAGACACCUUCAUCAUGGUGAUGAGGGGGCUGAUGGGGAAUGAGCUGGCGUCAGUUCGGAGGAAGGCCAUGGAGCUGCUGAACAACCAGCUGCAGCACCGGGCUCAGUGGGACGAGCAGCAGGUGUCUGCGCUCCUGGAGCUGACAUCCAACCUGCUGAGCAUCGUGGGUAAAAGUCACAGUAAGGUCUCGGAGGAGGCGGAGCUAACCAUCAACAGGCAGACGGCACUCUACAGCUUGAAGCUGCUCUGUCGCAGUUUUGGCCCCGCCCACCAGGAGGUGUUCGUCCCCGUCCUGCAGCAGGUGGUGGACAUCGUCACGGCAGCGGAGGAGGAGAAAAAUGUGACGAGCAGCGCUCUGCUCUGCAUCGCAGAGGUGAUCAGCGCUCUGAAGGUGCUGGCCAUCCCACAGUUACCCAGGUUAAUGCCAGCUGUUCUGCACACGCUCACUAACAGGAAGGAGCUGCUGACCAAUGAGAUCUACCUGCUGAGCGCCGUCACAGCUCUGCAGCGAAUCACAGAGACACUGCCACACUUCAUCAGCCCGUACCUGCAGGACACCACCGUACAGGUGUGUCGGCUGACCCGUCUCCUAGAGACCUCUUCCUCCUCCUCCUCUUCCUCCUCUCAGCUGGCCGCUCGUCUCUCCUCCCUGAGGACCACGCUGGCCUCCACGCUGCCCCCGAGGGUCCUCCUGCCCACUCUGUCCAGGUGCUACAGCACCAUGGUGAUGGAGAAGAAGGACCAGUUGGGGGCGCUGAUGAGCGUUCUGAAGGAGCACAUUGGUCACAUGUCUAAAGAGCAGCUGAGCUUCCACCAAUCAGAGCUCAGCGCCUUCUUCCUCACCGCGCUGGACUUCAGGGCCCAGCACUGCCAGGGUGAUCUACAGAAGACUUCACAGGUGGAGGGCGGAGUCAUCGACUGUCUCAUCGCCAUGGUGAUGAAACUGUCCGAGGUCACGUUCAGACCCCUUUUCUUCAAGCUGUUUGACUGGAGUAAGUCAGACAGUAAGGACCGUCUCCUGACGUUUUACCGCCUGUGUGACGGCGUCGCCGAGCGUCUCAAAGGACUCUUCGUCCUGUUCGCAGGAAACCUGGUCAAACCCAUCGCAGACAUCCUGAAACAGACCAACAGCUCCAGAACCGACGAGCUGAUCUUUGACUCGGACCGGUCCGAGGAGAAGAACUGUCUGCUGCUCCAGUUGGUCCUGGAUUGUCUCCAGAAGAUCUUCCUGUACGACACUCAGAAAUUCCUGAACCAGGACCGGGCCGAGGCCCUGCUGGUUCCUCUGGUGGACCAGCUGGAGAACUGCCUGGGUGGGCAGCAGGUCUACCAGAACCGGGUCACUCAGCACCUGGUUCCCUGCGUGGGUCAGUUCUCUGUGGCGCUGGCCGAUGACUCUCAGUGGAAAACUCUGAACUACCAGAUCCUCCUGAAGACCAGACACAGCGAUGCCAAGGUCCGGUUCUCCUCCCUCAUCAUGCUGAUGGAGCUGGCGUCCAAGCUAAAGGAGAACUACAUGGUUCUGCUGCCGGAGACCAUCCCGUUCUUGGCAGAACUCAUGGAGGAUGAAUGUGAGGAGGUGGAGCAGCAGGUCCAGAAGGUAGUUCAGGAGAUGGAGAACAUCCUGGGAGAACCUCUGCAGAACUACUUCUAACAAGUUAUACAGAAAUGUUCAGCCCACAGAGACAGAACCGACAUGGAACGAACAGAACUUCUUGUUCUGAUGCUUUAAGUGUUAAACUUCAAUAAAAGUUAAUAUUUUUAUGACUAUGA